AUCGCAAGAAGUGCCACGACUCCAAAAGUCAGCGGCGAUUCAUUAUCACAGUGAGUUUGACCGCAGGAUCAGGAUUAGGAGGGACAGGACUGAGCAAAGAUGGAUGUGUAUGACCCUCAAACCCUGGGAAUUGUAGUGUUUGGUGGCUUCAUGGUGUUCUCCGCCAUUGGCAUUACACUUGUCUCAACUUUCUCCAUGAAGGAGACAUCUUAUGAGGAAGCCCUGGCCAAACAGCGACAAGACUCGAGCAAGUCCCAAUCCCAACGCUCUGACAAGAAGAAAAAGGCAUCUGAAAAGAAAACCAAGUGCAAGAAGAAGGAGGAGAAGCAGAAUGGGAACCUUCCAGAAUCUGAGCCUGAACCAGAACCUAUUCCUGAACCUGUGGUUGAGAACAGUGAGCCCAAAGCAGUACCCCAAGCUAAACCAGAACCCCAACCUGUCCCUGUUCUUGAGCCUGAACCUGAAGUUAAGCCCAAACCAGUUGUACCUGAACCAGUCCCUAAAAUUGUUGAGUGUGCUGCCCCUCUCACUGUCAGUGCUGUGGUUGCCCCACUAGCUCCUUCGCCAAAGGAGAAGAAAAAGAAGAAGGUGGCCAAGGUAGAACCGGCCCCUGUCAAGCCUGUGGAGGUCCCCAUAGUUGUAGCUAAGCUGGAACCAGUGGUUGCUGAGCCGGUGGUGAAAGCAGUAGUUGCCCCUGAGGUUGCCGCUCCCCCUAAACCUGAAGAACCCAAAGUUGAAGCUCCAACCAAGAAAAAGUCUAAAAAGAAGGCUGAGCCAGCGGUUUCUGUGGAGGAGGUUGAUAUCCCUCAGCCGUCACCAUAUAAGACUCUGGUCUCCAGUCUAAAUGGUGCAUCGUUCAGUGAGUCCGAGACUCAGAAACUCUUUGAGAUCAUCAGCAAGAAAGCUGGAAAGGAUUCCUGGCAACUGGCAUCUCAGAAGGGUGACCCAUUGGCAACUCUAAAGAAGCAAAUGGAGGAGAAGGAGAAGCAGUUAACUGCUGAGCAGGGGAAUGUAGCUGCAGCUAAAACCCGUGUUCGAGAACUUACCAAGGAGCUGAAUACUGCAAAGAACAAGAUGGCAUCUACAGAGGCUCGUAUGAGCUCUGAGCUGAGCGCCCGUGGUCAGGAGAUUACAGCUCUACAGGCUCGUAUGCAGACUUCCUACCAGGAGCAUGUCAACGAGACACAACAGUUCAACAGUAAGAUCCAAAGCCUUCAAGAGCAGUUAGAGAAUGGACCGAUUGCUCAACUGGCCCGCCUAGAGCAGGAAAACUCUAUUCUCAGAGAUGCCCUCAAUCAAGCCACUAGCCAGGCCGAAAGCAGGCAAAAUGCAGAGUUGGCAAAGUUGCGCCAGGACUGUGUGCGUCUCAACCGAGAGCUAAAGGAGCACACAGCCACUCAUCAGGCUGAGGAAGAGCGAAGGAAGAGUCUUGAAACCAAGUUGGCGGCUGCUGAAGAACAGUUAACACAAACACAGGCAUCCCGUGUUGGGACAGAGCAGGCUCUGCAGGAGAAAUUGGAUCAACUCAAGGAGGAACUCCGUGAGGCACAGCAGGGCAGCACCAACUUACAAACUCAAGUAGACGCAGCCAAAGAGCAAGCCAAGACCCUCGCCGAUCUCCAGGAGCGUAUGCGUGUUACAGAGACAGAGCUGAAAAACAGGUGUGAAGAGCUGGAGAUACUGAGAGCAAAGGAAAAACCUGCUGUGGAGACUGAAGCAACAGUUCAGAAUGUCAACUCAGAGGAGGUUGAACAUUUGAGGGGCAGUCUGAAAGAAAGGGAAGAGCAGCUGACAUCAUUGGAGGCGGAGCUUAAUCAGCUGAGGGAGGAGCUUGAGAGUGUAAAGAGAGCUCAGGCUGAGGAAACUCAGAAUAGGGUAAAUGAGGCGGACACACGAUGCAGAGAGUACACCACAGAGAUCCAACAACUUAAGACUAGUGUGAAAGAAAAGGAAGAUUUGGUGGCGUCCCUGCAAGCUCAGCUGGAGAACAUGGAAAGCACUAAUACUGUCGAAGCAGAGCCACCAUUUGAGAAUCUGGAGAAGGAUGCUCGCAUGAUCUUGCUGGAGGAGGAACUUCAGCAGAUUAAAGAAGAGAUGGAACGAAUGAAGGCCAAGAGCAACGAACUACGGGAGAAGAACUACGCUGCGGUGGAGGCUCUGGCAGCAGCUGAGAGGCUCAGUGAAGAAAGACUGAGCCAAGCCAAGAUUGCACAGAGUGCAGUUGAGCAGCAGCUGAGCUCUUUCCAGACAAAUGCCAGAAAUGCCUUCCAGACGCUCUUCCCUCACAUCAGCAUAGAAACGCAUCAGACAAACUGGCUGGAGGCAUUCACAAAUGAAGCACAGAAGAGCCUGACACACUGUCCAGCAGAGCAGGAGCACAAGGCGGCGAACUCAGAUGUGAUGGAUCUGCAGCAGAAACUCACCCUGUCAGAGGACAAUCAGAGGACGCUUCAGGCUGAAUGUGAACAGUACAGGACAACACUCAGUGAGACGGAGGGCAUGUUGAAGGCUCUUCAGAAGAGUGUGGAGGACAGCGAGCUCUCGUGGACAUCGAAGAUUUCAGAAGCUGAACAGCAAAAACAGGCAGCCCUGGAUCAGGUCAAGAAUCUGGAGAAGAUGAUAGAGAAGAUAAACGCUGAAAUGCAUGACACAAAUCAGCUGAAGGGCCAGGUGAUGUUGUUAGAAGCACAGCUGGAGAAACAGCUGGAGUCAGCAACCAUCAGUCAGACAUAUGCAGAGGAGAUGGCUCAGCUGAAGACGCUGCUGUCAGACACUCAGACACAGCUGCUUUCAGCACAGGCAGACGCUCAGCAACAGAGAGCUGAACUUUCACAGGUGAAAAUGCAGCUGGAAGAGACAACGAGUAAAGUGCAGACAGGAGAGGUUGUUCCACAGCAGACGGAGAAACUGGAAGAGAAGCAGUCGAUGGCAGACCUCAGUCUGACGGACACUGAAGCACAGCAGCUGCUGGACAAAGAGAAAAGCCUGCAGGAACAGGACACUGAAGAUUCGAAAGAAGGGACGUCUGUUUGACAGAAUUAACCAAACAACUCAAGUGCCUUAAUUGCUCUUCUGCAUUAUUUACUUUUGUAUUCUCUGCUACUGUAGCAAUUAUGCUGACUGUUAUUAGCCAGUGAGGACAGUCAAGGGUGGGAGUCUGACUGCAUUUUCACUGGAAGCAUCAUCGGGAGCCUGACAGCCUCUCCUAAAGUUAUCUAGUAGCCGCUGACAGUGUUAAAAGUGAAAGACGAUGGUUUGUGCAAUCGCUGUUUUGAUCUUGUGUUUGCAUGUUCUCUUGAGACUCAGAGACAUUUCAUGUUGCAGCAACGCAGUACAGGCUGCUCCACUUUUGUAGUCUGCUAAUAACAAAUGUGAUGGUACAAUAAUAAUAACAAUAAUAAUAAUAAAAUAUGUAAUUUGA